CAAUCAUACACACCCUGUGUGCUCUCUGCCAAGCUGCUGAUCAAUAAAAUGGCACUCAAACCCAUUGAAGACUGGUCUGUGAAAGCUCCAUUCACCAAGCGGUUCUCACAACCAUUAAAGGAAAACAUGAUGAUCAUGGUGUGUGGAACGAUACCGACUACUGCCAAUCAAUUCGUUAUUAACUUACAACAAGGAGUUGAGAAGGAGACGGCAAUUCCCUUCCAUUUUGGGGCCCGUUUCGAUACAAGCCCCAGUAAGGUGGUGUACAGUGCCCAGAAGGAUGGAAACUGGUCUCCAAUGUUGGACACAUGCUGUGACUUUGGCAAGAGAGGGGAUGAUUUCAAGAUCUGUUUCUUUACCUGGAGCAACUGUUAUCAGGCCUGUGUGAACGGAAAGCACAUCCUCACCUACGAUCACACCACCGAGAAGAUAGACAGCGUCAACAUCUACGGCGACGUCCACAUCAGCAGCCUGAGAGUUUAUGAUCUUCACUGCACAUAAAAGGUCUGACUGCAGGGAGUUUCCUUUGGACUCAAUGCCCAGCAGCCUCUUCCAUCCUCAGAGUACAGCUGGUUAAGAGUUUUUCAAUAAAGCAGUCCUUGAUAAA